AUGAAGAUGUUGUCGUCCACCAACAGCUCAUACUCCUCCAGCAACUGCUCUUCCGACCCUCACCUCCCCUACCAACACCAGCAGCCUCUCUCCACACUCUCGCUGGGCUCACAACAUCCUCGGAAAGCCUCGAUGCGUCCCAAGUACCCGCGAUUUUACGCCUCGCCCAUGGACGACGGCUCUGAGAGCCCAAUUCAGGCCUAUGGACUUGAGCAGCGCGAGCCUUCAAUUUACGAACGGCCGAGACUACUGCGUCGAGUUUCACACGCCCUAGACGACAUCAAGGAGGAUUUGGCCUCCCAGCUGGAUGCGCGCGAAUCCGCCAAGAUUAAGCGCCGCUCGACUUUCUUCCUGGAUCCCAGCUUCAACAUCGCCGAGGAGAAUCGUCCCGAGACUUCCGUCGGAACAUCGCGGUCCCGCCCUAUGUCUAUCAUGUCCGUUGAAGCUUGGACUGCACCCCAGCGCGGACUGAGUCGCCGCCUGUCUCGGCGCCUGUCAAUCUUCGGGCGCAAGACGCCUGGGGGUUCCCCAAUGGCUAGCAUCUCCUCGCCUAAUCUGAUCGGGUCCUUGAACCCAAAUGCCUAG